CAAGCGGCUAACAACGCCCAAUUGAGAGCGGAAGGGAAGCCGGAAACCGGAAGCAAGAAGAAGACCGCGAAAGGGGGAGCGCCAAAAUGCCUGCUUAUUAUAGUCUCUGCCAGGAUGUUCCUGCAUCAUCGCCUCCAUGGACUGAUCUUUGCUAGGAUCUUUUCGCUGCCCUGCAGCCUCAUGAACCGACCCCAAGACAGGAUUUCCAUUUCCCCAUCGGUCUGGAAGCAAUCCCCUCCUGGCCAGACUUUUGUAAAAUGCCGCAAAUCGAGUUUGUUGGAAGAGCAGCGGGAGCAGUUGAAUCCUUUUGGGAAGGAUUACCGCAUCUACCAGCAGAACGUCGACUUGGAUGCCUUUUUCGGCGAAGAGCCCAAGUACGAGAAGGUGUCGGACGUUUGCCUGCUAAAUGACCACUUCAUCCUGGUCAAGAUGCCGCCACCAGAUCCCGUCCCGCCACCAUCAAAGUCCAGGAUUCCUCGUUGUUUCAAAUGUAAUCGCGGCAGCCGGGUUUCCCCCAUUCUGGAGGAGGCUGGUGAGGAACCAUCUCCGUUGAAAUCCAGUUGCCUGCAGCCGUGGUCAUCGCGCGAUCAGAACGAGAUUGAAGUCUUCGAUUCCACCACCAGACUAACCAGUACUCCGAGUCGAGGUCCCCAACCAGCUCCCGUGAUAGUGGAGCAACCGCACCCCACUCUGCAGCUGAAGGCGAUCCAAUCCGUGGUUCCUGGCCAGCUGCAGGUGCCUCCCAUAAGUCGGGGACCCCUCCACUGGUUUCUCUGGCCCUUCCGACGGCGUCUGGAUCCCGGAAGCAGAUCCAAGCCCCAGCUGGCCGCCGUCCAUAAGACCUACUUUGUGCGGUGGAGUAAGCCGCCGGACACACUUUGGCACGGAUUCGGAGUGGACACGGUGGAGGAGAGAAAAUCCGAGCUUCGACGCUGCCGAUCGGCGGUGUUCUGAACUAUCUGCUAACAAUUUUGUAUAUAUUUUCUACGCUUACUAUCUUAAGGGUCCAUAAUUUGAAGAAAUCAGGGGUUUCAAUAAAGAAUUUAAAGUAAUCUAAACAAUUGGUUUAUAAAUAUAACAAACUAGUUUGUAACACCUACUAAUUUAAAACAACCCUUUCGUUAAGUUUUCAAGGUCGUUUUUAGAUAAAUACCGUAGGUAUGCCGAAAGCAAAUUAGUAGAUCGUUUGGGAAAAGUUUUAAUCAAUAU